AUGCGGAGCAGUAACAUGCAGUGGGUCCUUGCUCAAUCUCCCCCAAACACCAUGCGGAGCAGUAACAUGCAGUGGGUCCUUGCUCAAUCCCCCCCAAACACCAUGCGGAGCAGCAACAUGCAGUGGGUCCUUGCUCAAUCCCCCCCAAACACCAUGCGGAGCAGUAACAUGCAGUGGGUCCUUGCUCAAUCCCCCCCAGACACCAUGCAGAGCAGUAACAUGCAGUGGGUCCUUGCUCAAUGCCCCCCAAACACCAUGCGGAGCAGUAACAUGCAGUGGGUCCUUGCUGAAUCCCCCCCAAACACCAUGCGGAGCAGUAACAUGCAGUGGGUCCUUGCUCAAUCCCCCCCAAACACCAUGCGGAGCAGUAACAUGCAGUGGGUCCUUGCUCAAUCUCCCCCAAACACCAUGCGGAGCAGUAACAUGCAGUGGGUCCUUGCUCAAUCCCCCCCAAACACCAUGCGGAGCAGUAACAUGCAGUGGGUCCUUGCUCAAUCCCCCCCAAACACCAUGCGGAGCAGUAACAUGCAGUGGGUCCUUGCUCAAUCCCCCCCAAACACCAUGCGGAGCAGUAACAUGCAGUGGGUCCUUGCUCAAUCUCCCCCAAACACCAUGCGGAGCAGUAACAUGCAGUGGGUCCUUGCUCAAUCUCCCCCAAACACCAUGCGGAGCAGUAACAUGCAGUGGGUCCUUGCUCAAUCCCCCCCAAACACCAUGCGGAGCAGUAACAUGCAGUGGGUCCUUGCUCAAUCCCCCCCAAACACCAUGCGGAGCAGUAACAUGCAGUGGGUCCUUGCUCAAUCCCCCCCAAACACCAUGCGGAGCAGUAACAUGCAGUGGGUCCUUGCUGAAUCCCCCCCAAACACCAUGCGGAGCAGUAACAUGCAGUGGGUCCUUGCUCAAUCUCCCCCAAACACCAUGCGGAGCAGUAACAUACAGUGGGUCCUUGCUCAAUCCCCCCCAAACACCAUUCGGAGGAAACUCAUAAAUUAG